AAUCAUAAAAUACUAUAUAAUUUAAACAGGUGUGAGGACUAAAACAAUGACACUGAGAAUAUAAAAGCACGUGAUACGGAAAUAAUACUAACCUGGAAUAAAAUCGUUAGACACAAUGGCUCGAGGUGAAAACAUUUUUGUUUUGUGUCUAAUGAUUUUGGACACAAAAGCACAAUUGAAUAUAGUUGGCGACCUCGCAGGUGGUAUUGCUGAAGGGGUAAUGGAAGGAACAGUAGAAGCUGUGGUUGGUGAUGUACCAGUUCUUGGAAAUAUCGUUACAAGUGUUGCUGAAGAAGUACCUAUAGCAAAAGGAGUUGCAACGGCUGUAGAAACGCUAGGAACAGUUAGUGAUGUCACUAGCGAUAUGGCAAACGUAGUAGAAACUGUAACUGAACGUGUUUCGCCUUUGGGACCAGUUUUAGAAUUACUAAGCACAGUCAGUGAUGUAGGUAGCGAUCCGACAGAUAUGGUAGAUACUGUAACUGGUUCAGAUAAGUUAGAUCUUGUGAAAGAUGUGCCAAUAGUUGAAGACAUUCCCUUCGUUGACCCAGUUUUAGAGACAUUAGGGCCAAUCGGAGAUACGGUUAGCAGUCCGGUAGAUGUAACUGAGACUGUCACCAGUUCAAAUAUUGUGGAAGAUGUGCCAGUAUCUGAAGAUGUACCCGUAGAACUAGUUUUAGAGGCUUUAGGAUCAGUCGUUGUUGCUGAUAGUAAGGCAGAUGCAGAGACUAUCACUGGCUCAGAUACUUUGGAAGGUGUACCAAUUGCUGAAAAUAUUACUUCCAUGGGAUCACUUUCAGAAACUUUACGACCAGUCAGUGAUGUUGCUAGUAAUCCGGCAAAUGUGGUAGAGACUGCAACUAGCUCAGAUAUUGUGGCUAACGUGCCGAAAGCUAAAGAUGUUUCAUCUAUGGGACCAGUUUUAGAAAAGCUAGGUACAGUCAGUGACGUUGUAAGUGUUCCAGCAAAUGUGGUAGAGACUGUAGCGGGGUCAAAUAUUGUGGAAGAUGUACCAAUAGUUGAAGAAGUUUCAUCCGUGGGACCAGUAUUAGAAACGUUGGGACCAGUCAGCAAUGUAACUAGUAAUCCCACAGAUGCCGUAGCAACGGUCACUGAUGUUGUUAAAGAUUUGCCAGUUGGUAAAGUUACGGAUUCCAAAAGUAAUAAUGUAGCUUCUUCAGCGGGAAAGAUAACGAGAAGAACUUUGCUAAGAUGGAUCUUAAUGAAACGUCUUGGUUUAAUAUAGUCUAAUAAACUAGUUUUCAACACACGAUUUGAUUUGUAAUGUUUUACAUUAGUGUUUUCCUCGCGUUGAUGUAACUUUUUUUUCUUGGUUUAUUUACUCCUUGAUGUUUGAUCCUUAAAAAUCGUACCUACCUUCCAAUAACUUGUCCCAAUCAUUUCAGCCAUUAGUCCCUUAAAUUCUCAAUUAACAUUGUGUAGUAAUUAUUUAUAAUAAAUUUGAUAAUAUUAAACAAGAA